AUGCUACCUUUGGCUCUGCUCGGCGCUCUCGCAAGUGUCCUGUGCAGAGCAGAAGAUGUUAAAAACGUUGCCAUCAUUGGGGCUGGAGCUGCUGGGUCGUCGGCAGCCUUUCAUUUAUGGCAAUAUGCUAUAGAAGAGGAUAUUGCUAUUAAUAUCACCGUAUUUGAAAAGACGGAUCGCAUUGGAGGCCGCACAUUGACAGUCCCUGCGUAUAAUGAUCCCUCUCUGCCCAUCGAGCUCGGCGCGUCUAUCUUUGUUGGUGCCAAUCAUAUUCUUGCCAACGCCAGUGAACGCUACCAUCUCCCAGUGAGCGAGCCCCACCGUCUCGAAAAGGAUGAUAUGACUGUUAUAUGGGAUGGCUACGAGUUCGUCUUCCAGACGACCGAGGGGUCCUGGGCAUGGUGGGAUCUGGCCAAGAUGUUCUGGAGAUAUGGGCUCGCACCCUACAGGUCUAAACAAAUCGUGGAUGCUAUGGUCAAACAUUUCCUCAAGUUAUACGAAGCCCCUUACUUUCCUUUCAAGUCGCUCACUCAGAGAGCCGAACAGUUGGGCUGGAAUGAGAUUACAAGUAUAACGGGAGAACAGAUGUUAAAGAGAAACGAAAUUGAUCCUCGUUUCGCUCGUGAGAUCUUACAGGUUGGCACACGUGUCAACUAUGCUUCAAACCUGGCUUAUAUUCAUGGUCUGGAGACUCUGGUUUCGUUGGCAACCGACAACGCAAUGUCUGUGGAUAGCGGCAACUGGCGUAUCUUUGAGCAUAUGGUGAUAGAGAGCGGAGCUUCUAUCUCUCGCAACAUGACCGUGACUUCAAUCGAAAAAGUCCAAAAGAAAGCUUGGUCAUCUUCGCCAGUGUAUGUCAUCACAACGAAAGAUGCCGGCUCAAAGGACGGCACUUCGAAACAAUAUGAUGUCGAGUUUGACAACGUCAUCAUCGCCAACCCCUGGCAGUUCAGUAACAUAAAAACUGGAGAGGGUGUUCUCGAUCGCAAAAUCGAUGAGAUCCCCUAUACCAAACUGCACGUUACACUAUUUGCAUCACCAUUGGAGCUUAGUCCCGAAUUCUUUGGCUUGAAGGCCGGAAGCAAAGCGCCUGCUACUGUUUACACUACUCUUGGUGAAGACGAAGAACCAAGAAAGGGGGCCGAGGGAGUCGGUCGUACUGGCUUCUACUCUAUUAGCACAUUGAAAUAUCUCGUCAACCCUAAGACAGGUCAGAAGGAGCGUGUCUAUAAGAUCUUCUCGCCCACGCCCCUCACUGCCGAUUUUCUCACACGUCUUUUGGGCACCGAUAUCCCAGACUCUGUGAUUUCUGGAAAGUUACAAGACGAUGCAAAUGCUUCCAAUCUUAUCUCUUGGUAUCAUCCUCACUGGUUCAACUCUUACCCAGUUGAGCUCCCUCGUGUCACAUUUGAGGACCCUAUUAUCGGCGACGGCAUAUACUACACGUCUGGUAUUGAGAGCUUCGUGUCAUGUAUGGAAACAAGUGCUUUGAUGGGCAAGAAUGUGGCCCGGUUGGCUGUAGAUAGAUUUGCCGGUAUUUCUCGCCCGGAACCACCUAAUGAGUGGGAGGGAUAUGAAGCCGGCGAGGAAGAGGAGGAAAGCAUUCGCGCUCAGGCUGAAAGUGAACUCUGA